GUUGUCAGAUCGCUGCGCACUCGGGAUGCUCGGCUCUCUCUGACCCAGCUCUCCUCAGACGCUGAAGAUGUCGUAUUCUCUGGGAGUCCACUUGCAGGUUGUGCUGGCUGUGGGUCUGGCUGUGUUCUGCUACUGUCUGGUUCUUGGCUGCAUCCUUUGCUGUCGCAAACAGAAAAGCCUUUCCUCUGAAGAUAAAGAAGCAGCUUUUCUGUGCCCUCAUCCUGCUGAGAGUGUGACUGUGACAUUAAGUCACUCUCCGUGUACUCAACCUGUCAAACAGCAGUACGAAGAGCUGGAUGGUAAUGUGUUGGAGUGCCCUUCUUCUAAAAGUAGCUCUUCUCCGUCUGAAGAUGACCUCAGCACUCUCCCAUUCGACAACAGCCCCUCUAGACCAGCUGAGCUGCCGCAAUCUUCCAGAGCGACUUUCCCAAUGCGGCGCCUUAGUACUUCUGCUCUGCCCUGCUCUCCCAGUAAAGCUGCUAGUCAUGGCAGGGCUUCCUUGCCCUCCCUCACCAAGCUCAGCUUUGUAUCCAAAUCCCGCCGGGUGAUAGGCAGAUGCAGAACUGUUAGUGGAGAAAGCUAUGCUCUCAGUGAGAGCAGUCGGCUCACAGCAGGUGCUCCCAGCGUUAACAGCCAGCAGGGGGAGCCAUGUCACCCUCAGUAUGGCUCCAACUCCAUCUCUGCCUCACCCAAACCGGCUCCUCUUCUGCACUUUUCCCUGCUCUUUAGCUCCAGCUCUGGCACCUUAGUGGUGAACAUCCUGGGGCUUUCUGGGGACACAAGAAGACGCAGUGGGGUAUUUGUUCGCGCCAGCCUCCCUCCACUUCACCCCUUGCUCCAGCAGACAGCCCCACGCCGACGCAGUCUCUGCCCAGACCUUGUCAGCCAGAGCUUUGUGCUGCAGGUGGGCUCUGUGGAGGAGCUCUGCACCUGUACACUGAGGCUGGCUGUCUACAGCAGGGACUUCUCUGGGCUGAGAGAGGCCGCUCUGGGGGAAGUGGAGUUACCCUGUGAGGAGAUUGAGUGGGAGCCAGACUCCAAGACUACCCACGCCAAGCAGCUCAUCCCAAGCAAAAUCAAGCUGAAAAAGAGUUUCAGUUCUCAGGAGACUCUGGGAUGCAAGAAAAGCUCAGUCUGCGUACCACGGACUUUGGGCCAACUGUUCAUCUUGCUGCAGUACCAGAUCCUGGCUCAGCGAAUCAAAGUGAUGGUUCGAAAGGCUGAAAAUUUGGCCAAGCUGACGCGAAUCCCAGGAACACCAGAUCACUAUGUUGUCAUCAACUUACAUCAGGAUGGUAAAAUAAUUGACACAAAAGAGACCAAAAUGGCCAGUGGGCCAAACCCCAUUUGGAAUGCUCCCUUCCUGUUUGACCUUCCACCUGGUGACAUCACCCAGCUGCCACUGGCUCUCGAAUUCAUCGUGAUGCAGGGCCGUCUCUACACUAAGAACAGUAUUCUGGGGCGCAUACUGAUUGGCGGCAAUGCUUCAGAUGUAGGACAGGAGCACUGGAGGGAAAUCUGCGGUCCAGGACAAACAGAAACCACUCGGUGGCACGCCAUCCAGUCAGAUGCAGUGUAGGACAAAUUAUAUGUAAAAUGUAAUCGGAGCAGAAUCACAUUUAUCUAUGGGACUAUAGAAGGUGAAACACUGAUCACACUGGGAAUGAUGUGUAAGAAGUUUGUCUAAUUUAGCAGUCAUCUCACCAUCACACUACUUCGCUGUGAUUCCUUAAUACUGUAGCAUUGUAACAACUUGGAUGUACUGUGAAACCAUACUAUUAUAGAACUGUUUUAUUUUGUGCCAAGAAACUACAAAUUUCAAAGCUUGCUGGACAAAAAGGCUAACAUGCAUGUGUGUAUUUUACAUCUUUGACAGUGUGUGACUUUUUUCUUUCAUCUGUAAUUGUACCAAUGUCCCUCUUUCAGACUCAUAUCUAUCAAUCUGUACAGAUCUGUUAAAAUUGCAUUGUUAUAGUUGGAAUGUCUGCUAAUUCUUCAUCAUUUUAUUCUUUACCUGGGGGAAAAAAUAAAUAAAUGAGAAAAAUUCUA